GAAACUCUGGCAGCAUGUGGCACAGCUCCUCUCUGCAUCAUCGGCACGCACCCUCAGGCGGUGCUCGACCUUGCGCAUGAAAAGAUGCACACCUUUCCAUAUCACGCAGUGCCCAUCCACUGGCGCCGUUUGUAUGAAGACGCUAGCUGCUAUUCCGCGAUCACAAUCUUGCAAUCGAAACCCGAUGUCUUUGCAAAUGUCGUGCGCGUGCUUGACUAUGCCUUGAUCAUAUCUGGAGGUCCCGCUCGACGCUCCCUGAUAGAGUCAACUCUACAGAGGCUAUAUUCGAUCAAACCGAAACCUGCUGAGCCGCCUACGCCUCGUUUUCUGCCCUGCCACCCGCCGGAUACUUUUGAGACGACGCAUGAAAUCAGACGUGCAACACAUACGUUGGAUGUGGCUGAGUUUCAAGAUCACCUGGACGCUUCUUUGGCGCCCAUAAUCAUUCCGGGGGCGAUAGACCACUGGCCGGCCAUGACCAGGUGGUCGGAUAACAAAUAUCUCCUUGACUCCACCCUAGACGGCCGGCGUAUGGUCCCGAUCGAGAUAGGUAGUAGCUACACCGAUGACGGCUGGUCACAGAAGAUCAUUCCAUUCGCCGAAUUCGUCGAAGAAUAUCUGAAUCCCACCAGUCCCUCUGAUGUGGGAUAUCUAGCACAGCACGAUCUAUUCACCCAGAUCCCAACAUUACGGGGAGACAUCCUCGUCCCGGAUUAUUGCUACGCGACUCCGCCUCCUCAGGCUGAUCGCAAAGUGGCGGAACGUAUUUCUGGAGAAAGCCACGAGUUCGAAGCGCCUCUCAUGAAUGCGUGGCUUGGUCCCAAAGGCACAAAGACGCCGCUUCACACGGACCCAUACCAUAAUGUUCUGUGCCAGGUUGUCGGUUUCAAAUACGUCCGCCUCUAUGCUCCCGAUCAGACUCCAUAUUUGUAUCCGCGAGAGGCUGAGGAGAGUGGCGUAAGCAUGGAGAACACCUCUAGCAUAGACUUGUUCUAUCUCCGACCGGAUUUCGAGGGACAGACGGAGAGAGCUGCCCAAGCCAGGGAAAUGUAUACGCAAUAUCCGCUGUGCCAUAAUGCUACCUAUCAGGAGGCGAUUCUCGGCCCCGGCGAAAGCUUGUAUAUACCACUUGGCUGGUGGCAUUACCUGGAAAGUUUGACCCCCAGCUUCUCAGUGUCAUUCUGGUGG